AUGGCCGCGCCCGAAGUUCGUCUCGGUCUGUGGGAGGACCACAGCGCAUCUACCAUAUCCCGCUAUGUCCUGACCCUCACGAUUACUCAAUCCAACUAUCUCAUCGCGGCGCUCUCUCUCCUCCUUGUCGUUCUCCUCCCUAUCAUCUGGAGCAGCGUCGUCUUCUUCUUCUACCUCGUCCCAUACAUCAGGGGGACUGAAAACACCACUCCCGAGCUCAACCAGCGCCGCUUCAUCCUUCGCAACAGCAGCCGCCCCAGUGACCUGCUCUUCGGUCUUGGCUCAGCAUUUUGGGCCUGGAGAAGCAUACAAGGCGAGCGAGAGGAUUUCCAGAUCGGAGAGGAUUCCCCUCUCCUCGACGUUGAUCUUGGGCCGCGUGAUAAACAAAAUUUCACUUUCUCAUAUCAGCUCAGCCCACUCAAGCGCAUGGGCUACGAGGUCAACACCGCGUCGGCAUAUCGAGGCUUCAGCGAUGCCGCCAACAUAUCUUGGGUCCCGAUACCGUCCUUGAACCGCACAGACGCCGACGUGAGCGCUAUUCUGAUCGCUGCAAAUCUCUUAACCUAUGCGCAGAGCGUCGACGACCCCGUCUUCCAGGCCAACGGGUCUAUAAAGGACCCGAUCCGGAGUUUGGAGCUUGGGACGGAGCAGGUCAUGUAUUUGAGCGAUUAUACUCUGCGCGUCGUCGCAUGCGCCGACCAACAUGAAUUUUGCGAUCCCAUUAGCGGUGCCUGUUCAGGUCUGGAUGGCCACUUGGGCGGUGGGGUCCGCGAGCUUCUGAGAACGGUGAACAAUAACCAGGCUGCCACUAUUGUGAGGAUCCAGCACGACUCACAGCUUUACACAAUGGAAGGCAGUGUGAGGUCAUUGGGUGCAAACGGCAAGUUCCCCUCGAGGAAGCUCGUCCUCCUCUCCAUUGUCCUGCUUUAUGCCACUCAUUGGCAGAAGGAAGUCCAGAUGUGGUUUGAGACGGGCCUCGCCAGGCUUCAAGCCAAUGUCGCCAAGUUUCCAGAUCAGCCCUUGGAAGGCAAUGACUCUGAUGCUCUUCAACUUGUCCCGGCUUCACGGCUGACCGGCGACACAAGUGUAGACAGAGCUUUGGAAGACAUGUGCGGUGAGCAGCGAGUCCACUCAACGAGUCAGGUGCAGAACUUCAGCCUCAUUGGAUUGGUCAUCCUGGUCGGUAGUAUCACUCUUCUCGCUGCAAUCUGCGGUUUACUCGUGCCUCGAGUUGCUAGCUGGAUGUUUUCGAAUGGCUAUUCCGAAUGGAAGAAGGAUGAAGUGCUCGCGGUGUGGAAGAUGGCGUACGAUCCCCAGGGGCGGAUGAAAUGGAUCGAAAAAGAUGUGCCAGUGGCGAUAGGCAGACAAGAUGCGCAUGCUUGA